AUGGCCCUCCCGACACCUUUGGACGGCAUACUCCCCGCGGAAGCACGGGGACGGUGGCGGCGAAGGAGACUGGUUUGGAACCCGAGCCAAAGCGAGGCCCUGCGAUCCUGCCUUGAGCGGAACCCGUACCCAGGUAUCGCCACCAGAGAAAGGCUGGCCCAGGCCAUCGGCAUUCCGGAGCCCAGGGUCAAGAUUUGGUUUCAAAAUGAGAGGUCAUACCAGGCGAGGCAGCAAUGGCGGGAAUCUCGGCCCUGGCCCAGGAGACGUGGCCCGCAAGAAGGCAGGCAAAAGCGGACGGCCGUCACUGGAUCCCAGACCACCGUGCUCCUCCGAGCCUUUGAGGAGGAUCUCUAUCCAGGCAUAGCCACCAGGGAAGAGCUGGCCAGAGAGACGGGCCUCCCGUAG